UUACAUGUACUAUGAUUAUUAAAGACACGAUUGUUUUGGAGAUUUAUUUUUGUCUCGUGUUUUGAAAUUGUAUAGUAAUGGCGUCACUUGAACAGACCAUUUCACGCAAUUUGGAGUGUCCUAUUUGUUUAGAACUACUCAGUCUUCCAAAAAAGUUAUCAUGUUCGCAUACAUUUUGUAAAAGAUGUAUAUCCAACAUGCAAUCAUGCUCUUGGCAAACUGAAUCAGUCAAUUCUUUAACAUGUCCUAUAUGUCGAUGCGUAACAGAUCUCCAACAUGGCGAUUUAAUAAAUCUAAAUACAAAUGUUCCUCUGAAGUCUGUGGUUGAGGACAAUCAGCAGCUCUGUGAGAUGUGUCAAACGGGUUCGAAGGCGGUGCAUUUCUGCCAGGAAUGCGAGAAGAACAUGUGUAACGAGUGUCUGGAGAAUCACAACAAAUGGCCAGCCAACCUCAAGCAUACAGUCGUGUUUGUGAAAGAUAUUCAAGAGCGCAAGGUUGUCCUCCGGAGGAAGGUCGUCUACUGCCAGGAGCACGACCAAUCGGACGGACAGCAGAAUAUUUGCUCUGAUGUCUGCCUUACUUGCAAGAAGUUCAUCUGUAUGAGAUGUAGGAUGCUGUUCCAUGAUGGCCACACUGUUGAAGAUGCCGGGAAAUACAACAGAUCUAUACAGAAGGAAAUUCAAAUACUUCAAGAAGGAGGCGAAGCGAAAGCCGCAACCAUCAAGACCCACCUGGCUGUUAUUGAGAGUCAGAUGAAGCGCGUUACUGAUCACAAUGACAGCAGAAAUGUUGAGAUCACCAACGUGUAUCUAGUAUCAGUCAAGCUGUUGAAUGAUAGUAAAUUAGCAUUAGUCCAGCAGGUUAAUGCCCAUGAUGAACCACUGUACCUACGUUUGCAGAAAAUGAAGGGUGAUCAUGAAAGGUUGGUAGCUAGUCUAAAAAGUGCGAGUGUGUUGUUGGGCAGAAGCUUGGAGGCUCCUCUGAGUGGAGAUGUCAUUGCUAUUCGUGAUUCACUGUCUGGUGAGCUUCAAAGUCUGAUAGAUCGGGAUGAUCCGGACAACCAGCUUGUUACUGAUGUCGGUGAUCGUGCAGAGGAGUUGUUAUUUACACCCCGAUUUACCCCAGACCAACAAGACCCCUUGAGCAUCGGGAAAUUCUGUGUAAAAGAUUUAAGGGUCCGUAGUGUGAAACUCUCAGGUCGAAUGAGCUCCUUGGCUUCUUCGGUCGAUGGUCGAUUGGCAGUAGGGUAUUGUGGAGGAGGGAUCGAGUUCGUAUCUGAGAAUGGACAGUUCGAGGAGACAGUCCUCAACGAUGUCAAGAUUCGUGGAGCAAGAUUCCUCCCUGAUGGCGGGUACGUUGUCCUUGAUGUGAGCAACACCAUCACCACGUACUCAUCCGAGUGUGUGAAGUCAGAGGCAUAUUUUGCGACACUGGGUUCCGAUGAAGGCGGGGUCGGAAGCCUAGCUGUCGGCAGUUUCGAUCAAAUCUAUGUCGGCUACUGCAGAGCAAUGAAGAUCCAAGUGUUCCACUCAAGAGGUGGAACUGCUUUCAGGGAGAUACCGUGCAAUGGUGUCGAACCUGAGCAGAUCGCUUUUCUCGAUGACUACUUGAUCAUCAGCUAUCGCACUUCAACGCGAAUAAUUGCUUUUGAAGGUGUUGCGAAACAAAAACUCCUGCACAAAGUAAAGAGACUGAACGCUUAUCCAUACGGUGCCGUAACUCAAGACAAGUUCAUUCUUAUCGCAUGGGUCAAUCAUGACCAAGGGUUGGUCACUAUCGAAAAGUUCACCAACAAAUUGAAGCUGGUGGAGACUCUCUUGAAGGACUACAAGAUUGAGAAGCCUAAGAACCAUUGGUAUUCCCUCCAAGUUUUCACAUCUGGAGGAGUUGCUUUCUGUUCUCCAAACAGACUCUACAUAUUGGCAUGUCCAACAUAAUGGGAAACUGCUUAGAAUUGUCGAGUCGAUUGUAAUGAUGUGAACUACUUCCGGGCGUUCCUAUGUAGGGAAAUUGUUGGCAUGGUUGAGUCCAUUAUUACGUUGUGAACUACUUCCAGGUAUCAAGAGUUGCGUUCUGUAGUCCAAACUGAUUCUACGUAUAGGUAUGUCCACAAUGAUAUAUCAAGUUUUUGGAAUUGUUGACACGGUUUAAUCGAUGUUAAUCCAAUGAUAAUAUAAUAAUUAUUAGUUUGUUCGACCAGAGAGGCCUCGGCAGCAUCAGUGCUGUUCUUCCUAAAGGCCCUGCGAACAUUUGUACCCCAGCAAUUGUCAGGUACCUGUUUACACCUGAGUCGAGAAUGGCAAAUGCGGAUAAACAUCUUGAUCCAAGAAUGGAAGCACCCAGCGAGGAUCUAACCUAGGAAAUCUCCUAAAUAUUAUGAAAAACUAUAUUGUUUCAACGCAAAGUCCAAAAGACCCCUACAUAGGUAUGAACUGUUAGCAAGAUUUCACAGAAGAGCAGCAGACAUUGAAUCCAGAAAGUUGUGGAAAACCCUUCUCAAUAAGAGCUCUAUAAAUUACAAUGGCUUGUCUUGUUUUGAAAUUCGUCAAUUCCAUUGUUCCUUUUGUAUUGCCCUCUAUGGUUAUUCCAGUUGAUGACGUGCAGUAAGGUUAACUAGUUAAUCUGGCCAAAUUGUCAAAGUCGUAAGCCUCACCGCUGAAUUCGUACUGAACCAGUCCGUUGCUUGAAUGAUUUCGCGAUGAACCUCAUGCGCAGGCUCUGUUGUUCAGAACCAGUAAGUUGCACAAAGAGCGAAUAUGAUGUCACGCAUCGGUACUUAAAUCAAAAUGCUAAUUGAAGUUAUGCCCCAGUCACGUCAUACCGAUUCAACGCGGUCUCCGCACCGUC